AUGGACGGGUUUUACUUAAUCAGUAAGUCUGAAUCUCCAAAGAAAAACACAGUCCUUGCAGGUUUUGCUAUUCUAGGACUAGCAGCCCUUGUAGGACUCUUCAUGAUAGUCAAUACGCCUAAUCAUGAAUCAACAAUCCUCAGUCAAUACAAAACUGAAGAGCAAGAAUUUACUGAUUAUAUGAUAAAAUUCAAUAAAAACUACAACACAGACGAAGAAUACCUCAAAAGAUUCAAAAUUUUCAGAGAAAACUCUGCCUUUAUAAGGGUCCAUAAUUCUCUAGACAAAGACUGGACUCUCGGCAUUAACCAGUUCGUUGAUAUGACACUUGAUGAAUUCCGUGAAAUUUAUUUAUCAAAUGAAAUAACAGUCCCAGAAGAAGAGGAAACUGAAGAUUUCCAUAGAGAACACUAUGAAAAUGUAGAAGCGCCUACCUCGAUUGACUGGAGAUCAAAAGGGGCAGUUCAAGGCGUUAAAUAUCAAGGCCAGUGUGGAGGCUGCUGGUCUUUUUCAACUGUGUCAGCUGUUGAAAGCAGUUGGUUUAUAGCAGGACAUGGACUUCCUGACCUUUCUGAGCAGCAACUUUUAGACUGCGGAGGACCAUUUGGAAAUUAUGGGUGUGCUGGCGGAAAUAUAGUAUAUGGAUUUUCAUAUGUCCAGAAAUAUGGCUUGACCUCUGAAAGCAUUUAUCCUUACCAAGCUGCCACCAAGACUUGUAAUACUUCAAAACAGUCUCAAAAAAUUGCAUCAAUUAAAUAUGUGGUUAAAGUAACUGCAAAUGAUCCAAAUGCCCUUAUGGCAGCUGUAGCUGUAGCUCCUGUAUCGAUUGGGGCUCAGGCUGACCAAGCUGCUUGGAUGUACUACAAAGGAGGAAUCGUCACAGGCAGCUGCGGUAUUGUUUUAAACCAUGCAGUCAACAUUGUAGGUUAUAAUAACGGGAAUAACCCUCCAUAUUGGAUUGUCAGAAAUUCUUGGGGAAGCUGGUGGGGAGAAAAUGGGUACAUCCGCAUUGCGAUUUCAGGGGGAAAUGGGAUAUGUGGAGUCAAUAUGAUGCCGAUGUAUCCGGUAAGCUAA